GAGAGAGAGAGAGCAGGGUGGCACUCCCGCAUCAGUAGUGCCAGUGCCAGCGAGAGAGACGGAGAGAGAGGGAGAGGGAGAGAGAGAGGAGCAAGGGAGAGUGAGAGUGAAAGGAAAAGACACAAAUAUGGUCAGUAAACAAUGACUCAUCCCCUCCUUCCCCUGUCCUCUUCCCCUCCCACUCCUUUCCUCCUCCUCCUUCUCCCCUUCCACAUUUCCUAAGGUGGUAACUCUCCCGCUGGUGCUGAUGGGGGUGCUGGCGACGGUGGCGGCGGAGUCUUGGGCAGCAGCGGCGACGAAGGUGGGGCCGGCGGCGGCGGAGACUACGGUGGAGGCCAGGGCGGCGGCGACGGCGACGGAGAUGGCGGCGGAGGUUGGGGCAGCGGCGGCAACAGUGGCGUGGCAGGACAGCGGAAGGAACGUGUUGAUGAUGGUGGCGGAUGACGCUGGCCUGGAGCUGACGACCUACGGCAACACGGCCUGCCGCACGCCCCACCUGGACGCCCUUGCCAGCCGCGCCACGGUCUUCUCCCGCGCCUUCACCUCCGUCAGCAGCUGCUCGCCGUCCCGCGCCGCGCUGCUGACGGGACUGCCGACGCACCAGAACGGCAUGUACGGCCUGCAUCAGGGUGUGCACCACUUCUCCUCCUUCGACGGUGUGCGCAGCCUGCCGGGCAUCCUGGCGGCGCAAGGCCUGCGCACGGGAAUCGUGGGCAAAAAGCACGUGGGCCCCGAGGACGUGUUCCCCUUCGAGUUCGCCCACACGGAGGAGACGGAGAGCGUGAUGCAGGUGGGCCGCAACAUCACCCGCAUGCGGCAGCUGGUGCGCCGCUUCCUGGCCAGUCCCGACCCGAGGCCCUUCUUCCUGUACGUGGGCUUUCACGACCCGCACCGCUGCGGCCACACGCACCCGCAGUACGGCGCUUUCUGCGAGCGCUUCGGCGACGGCUCGCCGGGCAUGGGCACCAUCCCGGACUGGCGGCCCGACGACUACGGCCCCGAUGACGUCCAGGUGCCCUACUUCGUGCAGGACACGCCGGCGGCGCGGCAGGACCUGGCGGCUCAGUACCGCACCAUCUCGCGCCUGGACCAGGGCGUGGGGGCCAUGCUGCAGGAGCUGGGCCUGGCGGGGCACCUCAACGACACGCUGGUCAUCUACACCUCGGACAACGGCGUGCCCUUCGCCGGGGGCCGCACCAACCUAUACGACCCCGGCGUGGUGGAGCCGCUGCUGGUGUCGUCGCCCGCCCACCCUGCGUCCUGGGGCACGACCUCCCCCGCCCUGACCUCGCUGCUGGAUCUGACGCCUACGGUGCUGGCCUGGCUGGGCGUGCCCUACCCCCGCUACUCCAUCUGGCCCCACCAGCCGCCCGUCACCCUCACCGGCCGCUCCUUGCUACCCUUCCUCGAGCCCCAGGGCGGCGCCGACUGCCAGGCCUCGGAGCACGUAACGCGGCGCGGCGGCGGGGCGGCGGUGUUCGGCAGCCACGAGGUGCACGAGGCCACGAUGUACUACCCGAUGCGCGCAGUGCGCACGGAGGCCUACAAGCUGAUCCACAACCUGCACUACCGCAUGCCCUUCCCCGUGGACCAGGACCUGUACCUGGCGCCCGCCUUCCAGGACAUCCUCAACCGCACCACGCAGGGCCGCCCUCUGCCCUGGUACACCUCGCUGGACCAGUACUACCACCGCCACCGCUGGCAGCUCUACGACCUGCAGGCCGACCCCCACGAGCGGAGCAACGUGGCGGGCAAGAAGCGGUACGCGGCGCCGCUGGCCAGACUAAGGGCCAGGCUGCGGGCGUGGCUGGCGGCGACGCAGGACCCCUGGCGCUGCGGGCCCGGCGCCGUGCUGGAAGACGCGGGGCCCUACGCCCAGCACCCGGCCUGCCUGCCCCUGUACAACGGCCUGUAGCACCGCCCUGCCUGCCUGCCUGCCUGCCCCUGUACAACAGCCUGUAGCACCACCCGGCCUGCCUGCCUGCCCCUGUACAACAGCCUGUAGCACCACCCGGCCUGCCUGCCUGCCCCUGUACAACAGCCUGUAGCACCACCCGGCCUGCCUGUCUGACCCUGCACAACAGCCUGUAGCACCACCCAGCCUGCCUGUCUGACCCUGCACAACAGCCUGUAGCACCACCCUGCCUGCCUGUCUGACCCUGCACAACAGCCUGUAGCACCACCCUGCCUGCCUGUCUGACCCUGCACAACAGCCUGUAGCACCACCCUGCCUGCCUGUCUGACCCUGCACAACAGCCUGUAGCACCACCCAGCCUGCCUGUCUGACCCUGCACAACAGCCUGUAGCACCACCCUGCCUGCCUGUCUGACCCUGCACAACAGCCUGUAGCACCACCCAGCCUGCCUGUCUGACCCUGCACAACGGACUGUAGCACCACCCGGCCUGCCUGUCUGACCCUGUACAACAGCCUGUAGCACCACCCGGCCUGCCUGUCUGACCCUGCACAACGGACUGUAGCACCACCCGGCCUGCCUGUCUGACCCUGCACAACGGACUGUAGCACCACCCGGCCUGCCUGUCUGACCCUGAACUAUCACCACCGCCACCACCACUAGCAACAAGAACAUCGCACAUCUCUCAUCCUAGAGACACUUCCCGCAGCCCCCCCACCGCUGGCUUGUCCGUGGCGUGAGGAGAGAGGACGCGAUCUACACCGCCUCCACACCAAUACUUACACUGUAUACUCUGUCCACUUUGACCUGGCUAUCAAGCCCCGCCCACGCCACCACAGCAUCCACCACUAAGAUUUACCCUUCCCCAACAUACACAAACAAUACUCAACCCUUCCCAGCAUCCACCAGUUACAUGGCGUCUGAGUUGCAGAAGGGCGUGGCUUACUUAUGGUCUGGCCAGUAGUAUAGACUUAGAGAGGAAGGGGGCGGGGCUUAUGCGUCAAGUUAGUGUGAUCAGUGUAUGUCUGUAUGUUUAGUAUACGGCGCUAAUCAUACACUUAUACGCUUAUAUGUAUGAUAUGUAUACACUUCGUCUUCCUUGGGCAUACUCAGGUUAAAUGAGUUGGUUUAAAAUGUGAGUUAAUAAAUAUAGAUGGCCAAAUAAAUAUACAAAUAAAUAAAUAAAUAAAUAAAUAAAUAUAUAAACAAAUGGAAAAAAGGAAGAUGCAAUAUUCAUUUUAAUAAAGAAGAAAAUACAACCUA